AGUUGGUAUGCAUUUUUACUAUCUUGCGGGCAGUCAUUAUGAAAGACCUUUCAGUUUCUUUUAUCUGAUGUGGUUAGCUUCUUUCUAGCAUAUAGGCGAAGAAUUGGGACAUGCUGACCAACAGUUCUACCAAGAUUUCAUCAUCCUCAUCUGUGAUUCAAACAUUUUUUUACUGACAUAGAUUAGUUAUAGAGCAGAAUUCAAAUCUUGCAACCAGCCCGACAUUCAUCAACUGGUUAAUUCCUUUUUCAUUUUGAAGAGGUCUCUGGUUUGAAUCCUUGUGUUGGUGGUGCCAAGUCUUUUACCAAAUGUUAUUCUCUAAGAGGGGGAUGGCUCUUUAUGUUAUCCUGAAGUUAGAAAACCAAAGAAAGCCUAGAAGGCUCCUAUGUCAAGCCAAUCCUGCAAUAUCAUAUCUCAAAAACUGGUGACAAGUGCUUAGUAAAUGACAAAUUACUGAACAGAGGAUUGCUAGAAGAUUAAAUGAUGGGGCGGGGUAAUUCUUAAAUCCUAUUUAGAUGAAAGGUUUAUUCAGAGGCUCUUCCACAUUUCAAGUUUAUAAUGUUGGUUUCAAGAACAUUUGUUGGACAUCAGCUCAGCUAUUGUCUUCAAUCUAAUGAUGCUUUCUUUAUUUUUCUUGGUGCUGCUAUAGUCUCCUUUAUUGCAUUAUUAUUUUCCAGCCAACUUUGUGCAACCAUUUGGAAGUUGUAGUGUGCAUGGUACUCAUGUUAGUCCUACAAAACAAGGGUGAAUUGGCAAUUUCUUUUCCUCUGGUGCAUGAGGUUGUGCUCUUUUACAGUCAUUCCAUAAUAUAUGGAUCCACAAGGUUGUAGUGUAGUCCUAAGCUUUGUGUUGAAUUCAGCAUUGGUACCAUUUUUACUGGUUUUGCUGAUGAGUUGACUGUCUCUAAUGCUUCUGCCAGAGUAUUUAUUAUACAUGCUAAAGAUCUGACAACUAGCAAUAUUGCCUUCCUGUCUCACAGGGACCAAAUCCACUUUAUUCAGUGACUCUUAAAAUUGCAUUUAUCAAAUAAGUGACUAAUUUUUUUCUCUUAAUUAUUUCUCAUUUUUUCCUUGCACCAAUGCAAAGCAUGACUUGGUUUGAUAAAAAAUUGGCAGGUGGGUCUUCAAGGCAACUGGUCUGGACCAGCACAUACAACACUCAGGACAAGUGUUUGAAUCAUGAAAUUAGCAUUCAUUCUUUGAAAAAAAAUGAAAACCAUCAUCCAAAAUCAUUAGAAGUUAUUAUUGUUAUCGGUAUCAUCAUUUGAAAAGAAUGUGAAAUAAGCUCUCAUUCUGCUUCUAUUUUGGAUGUGUAAUUAGACACAGCAAAAGUUAAAUCCUGUGCAAACAGAUAAUUAGUCACACUUGAGAAGAUAAAUACUGUGCAAAUAUAAACAUAAAAAUCCCCAAAAGAAACUAUAUAACUUAUUGUUGUCUUUGCACAGUGAGUUCAUGAACAUCACAUGCUUUACAUGACUAAAUAAGUCUAUUGUCCUUUCAUCAUUAACAGCUUAAAAAUGUCUUGGUGAUUGUAAAGAUUAUAAAGAAUUAAGUACUCUUCUUGGUUCUUUAUCAAAAUUAAAAUUAUCUGUUGAAGAACCCAAACUUUGUGCUUUAAAUAAUAUUGUUAUCACUACAAUUUCUAGAGAUUAUUUUUUUAGUAUCUUUAAUCAGCUUUUGUAAUUUAUGUGCCUUCUCCAUUAAUUUCUUUUCUUGCUUGCAGAAGUUGUUUGAUGCAGAUAUUAAUUAAACUCUGCUCACUGGAAAUUGUUUGAAAGGGUAUUUUCACUGCUUUCUUUAAUCUCCUUUGGCAAAUCUACACAUUCCUUCACAAAUGGUGAACAAAUGCUAACAUUUGUGCCUGCGCUUUCUACUGCACUUGAGUCUGUUCAGAUCUGAUUAAUAGUUAUUUUUAAUUACUGAUUGAUCAUUCAAUUUCAUCCCACAAAUAAUAAUAAUAAUAUUUGUUUUGAAUAAUUUUAGAAUCUUCCUUGAUUAUACUUUACUUUCAACUUUUUCUUUGCUGCUGAUUCAUGCAAAACGUUUGUGUGUUUUUGGACUCCUAAAUUUUUGCAUGUGUUCAACUAAGUUACUCUUAUGUGUAAUCCCGACGGCAGGCAUUUUUGUUCACCUGAAGACCUAGGAAGAUAGAUCGUCAUGCAUGCGUGCAUGAGAAUUGCAUAUCAAGUAAUGAAGAAAACCUAGCUAUUCUUCUCUGUUGACCAUGGAAUGCUUGACUUUCCCAAACUAUAUAAUUCUUUCACUUCAAACGAAAGGCAAAUUACUAGGAGACUUGCAGAGCAAGUGAUGGCAAUGCAUCAUGACUUCCUGCCCAUUUCUAAUGCUAGUUCAUGUUAUUCUUUAUGUGAUUGGGUGAUAGCCAUAUUGCACCAAAACACUUGCAGAGCUCACCACUGAUUGACACCUUGUUUCACAUAGUUGAGGCUUGUGCUCUUUUAUAACACCAGUAAGUAGUGUCAUGAUCAAGGACAGAGCUGUUUGGUUUUUGCCCCCCACCAAAAAAUGUUCUUUUAUUAUCUUGCUCUAAUUUUUAAGCAGCUUCUCCUGUAACAACAUUUCAUUUCUUUAUGUGAAGCUGCAGAUUUGUAGAUCAAAAUCUAGUGAAUUGUCAUGUUCAGCUUCAUGGAAUGACUUGCCAAGUGGGAAAUGAGAGAGACCGACUCUGGUAUGGCUUAAAACAGUGGUGUGAAAGAUGCAUGAGAAGUUCCUGUUGUUUAGUAUAACAUUAUGCACAAAUCUAUUGGCCCAAACAAGCUUACUGAACUGCUGAGGAACUCAAUUAAAUUGCUUGGCAGGUGAGUUUCUAGUGCUCUAUUUGAUCUCAGAUUCAUCCCUGGAGGUCUACUUGGUCUUAGGAUCACCAGACUAGAAGAAGCGAGUGCUAGAACAACUGACAUGUUUGCUGUAAACCUAAAUCUCCUAGUGCAGAUUUACUCAAGACACUAAACAUCUUGUGAUGAGAUAUGCAGGGAUCAGCAGCUGCAGCAUAUCCAAGCUUGGACGUCACAGAAACGUUGGAAGAGUGCAGCUCAAUCAAACAUGCUGUGCACCAUCAAUUUCCAGGAAAUCUAUCUCACAUGCUCUGCCCUAAUCCAUGGAGGUUCCUUCUCAAACCAUGCAAUCACAAGUCUAGUUUAUUUCCUCAUAAUUCUAUGAUGCAGAGGCACAAUUCUGUGGUCACCACGACUUCAGAAACUAAUAACCCAGCUCCUCGAACCAUCCAUCAUCCUUGAGCACCACCGUCGAGCAGCAAACCCUAAUAAAUACACCAUCUUGAUUUGAUCAUUCCACUUGCCACUUCAGUUCCUAAGGUGGGAGGAAGAGUAAAUGCCUUCUUCGACUCCCAAGCCAAUCACAUGCACGUACGCAGCUAAAGCUCUUCCAGUGGGAUCUGAUGAGGAAGAUGGCACCUCUUAAUCAACCUUGCUUCGGGAUCAAUGAAGAGAGCUCAAAACUAGGUUUUUAUUCUUCUCCUCGGGAUCGUUUACCCAUUUAGAAUAUGCAGCAGCAGCCAGUAAAGAAACAUUUGUUGCUUCAAAGCCUCAUGCCCUUGACUUGUUUUCUACGGUAUCAGCUUUAUCCAAGUCCACCGGCGUAGCUGCCGGCGUCAACCUUUUCUUUUGGCAGCCACGAGGUAUUUAAGCCCACCUGCACCCCCCCUACGUCGAAACCUUUGUCCAAGUGCUUCUUCCUAAGCCAAGGUGAUGGCAUCGGCUGCGUCGUCGUCGUCCAGCACCGGAGUCCCGCCGGGGUUCCGGUUCCACCCCACGGACGAGGAGCUCCUGCUCUACUACCUCAAGAAGAAAGUCUCCUUCGAGAAGUUUGAGCUGGAGGUGAUCAGAGAGGUUGACUUGAACAACGUUGAGCCAUGGGACUUGCAAGAGCGCUGCAGGAUCGGGUCUGCGCCUCAAGAUGAGUGGUACUUCUUCAGCCACAAGGAUCGCAAGUACCCCACCGGGUCGCGGACCAACCGCGCCACCGGCGCCGGAUUCUGGAAGGCUACUGGGCGCGACAAGUGCAUCCGGAACAGCUACGAGAGGAUCGGCAUGAGGAAGACGCUGGUGUUCUACCGCGGCCGCGCGCCCCACGGCCAGAAGACCGACUGGAUCAUGCACGAGUACCGGCUCGACGACUCCGACGACACCCGGGGCGAAGCCGGCGGUGGCAGUGAUGAUGGAUGGGUGGUGUGCAGGGUCUUCAAGAAGAAGUGCUUCUUCAAAGGCAGCGGCGAAGGGAGCACGAGCCAAGCCAUGGAGAACCACAUGAGCGUCGCCGCCACCCACGACCAGUCCCCAUCGCUGAGCUCUAACUACAUCCACCCAAAUCUCGGCCACCACCACCGCCACCUCCACCACCACAACGGCCUGUACUACUCCCAGAUGCCCACCGGCCCCUACUCCCAUGGCCAAGUGCAGGACCUGAUGACCAACCACAGGCCGUCGGGAUACGACUUCGGGGUGCUCCCCGGAGACUCCGCCCCCGUCGUCAAGCCCUACGACGGAGCAUUAGCAGCUGCAGCCGCCUGCGUAGGGAUGCAAAGCGAGAGGGAUCCGGGCCCGAACGAGUGGGCGGUGCUUGACGGCAUAACGGCGCAGCAGCAGCAGAUGAAUCAGAUGGCGAGCCAACGCGGGGGAGAGAUGGAUUUGUGGGGAUAUGGGAAGUAAAGGUCACAUUGGGCUGGCCAUGUGCAUGGAAUUGUUGUGGCUCAAACUCCAUCGUUCAUUGCAAUAAGGACCAAAUUGGUGGUAUUCAUGAGCGAACUCAGAAGAGUCUCAGCUCCUCUGCCCACAGAAUUGAUUGUGUCUGUUCCUUUUGAGUGUUUACAUGUUUUAAUUGUGUAAGGGUCGAUCUCUACAUCCUGUCAAUGUACACAUGUAUAGAGUAGACAAUGUUCUAAUAAUAUAUCAUAAUGAAUAUGCUGAAGGCCAUUUAGAACA